UUCAGCCAGGGUGGAAGAGGGAUGUCUCUGCAGUACCUUGUCUUAACAGCUGUGGCCUCUCUUUCCAGAAAAGCCAGCUAUGGAAAAGAAGGCACUCUCAUCUCCUGCUCACCAGCUGCACAAGAACUUUGAAGAUGAUCCUUUGGCAGGGCUUUUAUCUAAUGAGGAGCAGGAUGCUCCCAAAAAGCCAUCUUCAACUGGCACUAAAAGCAGCUCUGAAAAGAACACAGAACAGAGCAAAGAAAAAGAGCCACCUCAGAUGCCCCUGCAUGCCAUGGCACCAGUCCAGAGGAGGGAGCUCACAUUUGAAGAUGAUGAUGAAGACUUGAUGGAUGCACUGGGAUUUGGGAGUGGCCCAAAAGGAGGUGAGAAAGAGGAGCUCUGUGCAGCCCACUCCAUGGUAGAUGAAUUGCUGGGACAAGGCUCCAUGGACAAAAUCAUGAAACAGCCAGGCAAGGGAGAGCACGGGGAUUUCAAACCGGAUAAAAAAUACCAAAACCAGCCAAAGAAGGAAGAUGGAUGGGACAAGGAGGAUUUUGACUUUGGAGCAUACCGGCCCACAAUGGCCUCCAUGCCCAGUGGCCAGCUAGGGAGGAGGCAAUCUGUGAGCAGGUUUUCUGCUGAGACCAUCAGUGAAGCAAAACCAGAACCUUGCCACAAACCUUCUCCAGCCAGCCAGAACCCUGUGUGGGGCAGCAGGAAUAGAGGAGACUGGCUGGGUUUGAAAGAUGAGGCUUUUAUGGAUUCAGAGCUGUCGUCCCCAAUGAAAGCCAGUCCCACAGUGAGCCACCCCAGCCCUGCCACAGCCAGGCAGCACCGCUCCACCAGCCAGCUUCCGGCAGCAGAGAAGGCAGUACCUCAACCUGUCCCACCAGAGGAGGAGGAGGACUGGCUGAUGGCCCUGUUGGCUCGCAAGAAAGCCCAAGCACAGGCAAAGACCCAGGAGAGAAAUGCCAAGCCUUCAGAAGCUCCAGGCAAUGGGCUGGAUCCCCGGUCUCCUGUCAGGCAGCUGGUCCCCUGGCUCAGCACCGCAAAACAGGACUCAGCUCACCCGUUGGAGUCUGUGCAAGGGGAUCCCACCAGAGAUGACAGCGCCCUGGUCCCUACAACCACGAUCCCACAAGAGCAGAAGAUGCCAGUCCCUGCUGUGCUCACUCAGGCAGAUUCUGCAGCCCCAAGCUUGCUACAUGAGAGGAGGCUGGGAGCUCCCACAACCCAGCUCUACAAGGAUGCAUCAGGCUGUCAUGCAGAGCUCCUCAGGGCCCAGGCCCGUGUGGCAGAGCUGGAGAGCCAGGUCCAGAUGCUGGAGAUGGAGCGGACUCAAUACAAACUGAUGCUGGAGAGUCUCCAGCAGCGGCACCAGGCAGACCUGGAUCAUCUCGAGAGCACGUACAGGACAUUGGUCCAGGAGAUGCGCAAAGACUACGAAGAGCAGCUCCAGCAGCUGAAACGGCUGAAAGACCUGGAGAUUGAUGCAGUGACCAGUUCGACCUCACAUACCAGGUCUUUGAAUGGUAUCAUCGAGCAGAUGGAGAAGUUCUCCAGCAACCUGCAUGACCUCUCCCACAAGGUGGAGGCCAUGCACCAAACCACAUCCCAGGAACUGGCACAGCAGUGGGACAAGCAGCUCAAAGUGCUCGAGGACAGGCUGUCACAACAGAAGAGGGACAUGGAGGAGGAGCGGAGCCAAAUCCAGGAGGUGAUCACUAGAAUGGAGUCCAGGCUGAGUGAGCAGGAGAGAUGGAGGCUGGUGGCAGAGCAAUCCAAAGCAGAAUUGCUGCAACACUCACUGGAGGAGCAGCGGCGAGGCAUGACCCAGCAGCUUUCCAUGGAGCGAGCAGAGCUGGAGAGGGAGAAGAGUGCAUUGCUGGAGGAGCGACAGAAGCUGAAGCGCGACAUGGACCGAACCCUGCAGAUGGCCUCCCAGAGAGAGAGCACCAUCAUGAGCCUGGCCAAGGAGCAGGCAGAGCUGAAGAUCCAGAGCCGUGAGCUGAAAGUGAAGGAGAAUCACUUGUUGAGGGACAGGGAGCUGCUGGAAGAAGCAUGGCAGGAGCUGAGGCGUGAGAAGGAGAAGGUGAACAGGGCCGCACUGUGCAUCCAGAACCGUGAGGAGGAGAUUAAAAGCACGACCAAGCUCUCAUCCCAGAAGUAUGAGGAAGGGGAGCGAGCCUUGCGGGAGGCACGCAGGGUAGAGUCCGAGCACCAGAGCAGGCUGCAGGUCAUGCAGCAACACUUGGAGCAGCUAAAGCAGCAGGAACAGCGUCUGCACCAGGCAAAUGCCCGAUCUUCCCUUCUUGGCUUGGGGCUGCCAUACCAGGGGCCUGGACCUUUCCCAACAGCUUCUCUCCUGGGGAUGGGGCAGGAGCGGCUGAGCAUGGCUCGCCAGAGGAAACAGCUUGAACAGCUACGUGAGGUGCUACCCAGGAACCCUGUGAUGCUGCAGACUGCGGGCAAGGACCUCGGUGCCCCUAUGACAGGCCUUUCCACCACACUGCCGCAGGCACUACGCAAUGUUCCAGGCUUUCUGCCUCCUAUCCAGGAAGCCCUGUCCAUGGCCAGCCCCACUGACCGCUACAUCAACCUGCUGCUGCUGAACUACAGGGCCCAGCAGGACCACCGUUUCUUAGAAAAUGAGCGUAUCUUCCUGGAGAGCCUGAAGAAAGCGCCCUACACCGCUUGAACCCUGUCAUAGUGAGGAGGAGGCAGCCCUACACACUACUCUGUGAAUGGCUGUGUCCAUCUUCUUCAGGAGGCCACCGUGCCCUCUGCAUGGGCUGGGAACGACAAACAUUAAAUAAUCCGAGUUUUCAUGGGGGAACUGUCCUUUUCUUUAAAAACAGUCUUGGCAUGUUC